GCACAGUAUAAUCUCUGCUGAUAAUUAAAUAUUUAAUGUUGUGACUUUGGUGUAACUUGUUAAGUUGGUUACUUUAAUUUAUCUUUCUCACGGAACUGUUUUGUUCCAAUUUUCGUUUCUCGCAACAGCAAAAUUAGUAAAGUAGUUUAUUCCACUAAUGCUGAAAGUCCAUCAUAACCAAAAUAUUAGUGUUAAUCAGGGCUUUGAACACUGGGCACUUGGGCAGUUAUCAUUCAAUAUUGGAAUUUAGAAGGUGGUGGUUGUGUCGAUUGAGUGAGGUGAAUAUGUGCCAGUUGUAGCUGAUUGCACUAUAAAUUUUAAGUAUCUACAUCGUCUCCGUAAACUUGUAUAAUGGCUCCGAAUUUGAGCAAAUUGACCUCAAGGACUGAUGUCAAAAUCGCUGUAGCGGCAUCGGCUGCACUUGGUGCAUGGAUUUUGAAGAAUUCUAUAAAGUCAAGCAAAACAAAAAAUGUGAAGCCUGGUCAACUCACGUUAGAAGAAAGUGUACAAUACAUGAUAAAAGAUAAAAAGAAAAAGAGCACAAAAGCCCAAGUGAAUGCUAAAUUUUUCAAGGAAUUAAAAGCAUUAUGGAAGAUUAUGGUGCCUGGAUUAUGGACAAAGGAGAGUGGUUUUAUGGUGCUAAUAGCAUUAUCACUUAUUGCUAGAACAAUGUGUGAUUUAUGGCUUAUUCAACACACAACAUUUAUAGAAGGAUCAAUCAUCACAAUGAACAAAUUAGAAUUUAAGAAACUACUAACUCAGUUCUUCGUGGCUAUGCCUUUGAUUUCACUAGUAAAUAAUGUACUAAAAUGGAGUAUAGGAGAAGUAAAACUUAGAAUAAGGACAAAUCUUUCGCUGCAUCUCUACGAGCAAUACUUAAAAGGCUUCACAUACUACAGAGUAACAAACUUGGAUAACAGAAUAUCGAACGCUGAUCAGCUUCUCACGACUGAUAUUGAGAAGUUCUGUGAUACUGUAAUAGACCUAUACAGUUAUAUCAGUAAGCCCCUACUGGAUAUAUCUAUUUACCUGUAUAGGUUAACAGUGAAUUUGGGUCCUUCGACACCGGGUUUAAUGAUGGCGUAUUUAUUGGCUUCCGGUGUGUUUUUAACCUACCUACGAAGGCCUACAGCUCGCAUGACGGUGCAAGAGCAAAAACUGGAAGGUGAAUACAGAUAUGUCAAUUCAAGGCUCAUCACCAAUUCUGAAGAGGUCGCAUUUUACCAGGGUAACCGUCGCGAGCAACUGACGCUGUUAUCAAGUUUCUACAAGCUGACGAGGCAUUUAAGGAAUUUCCUGAACUUCCGGGUCGCGAUGGGAUUCAUAGACAACAUUGUUGCUAAAUAUAUUGCAAUCGUGAUUGGAUUCUACGCUGUGUCUCGGCCGUUCUUCGUUAAGAAUCACAAUUUAUUAACCGGUAGCACAGAACAAGAUAGGUUUAGGCAUUACUACACAUACGGGCGUAUGUUAGUCAAAAUGGCCGAAGGAAUCGGCCGACUCGUGUUAUCCGGCCGUGAGUUGAGCAAAUUGGCCGGACUCACGUCCAGGGUCACGCAAUUACGGAAUGUCUUGGAAGAUAUUAAUACAGGAAAUUACGAGAGGACCAUGGUGGACCGGCAACCUGGCUUGGGACCGAGUACAUUGGCACUAACACCAGGUGCUGGUAAAAUUAUAUACCAAGACAAAAUUAUAAGUUUUGACAAGGUGCCACUGGUCACGCCCAACGGAGACGUACUCAUUAAGGAACUUACCUUUGAAGUAAAAUCCGGUAUAAACGUCCUAGUCUGUGGCCCGAAUGGUUGUGGGAAGUCGUCGAUGUUCCGUAUGCUUGGAGAACUUUGGCCUAUAUUUGGUGGUACCCUCGUAAAGCCACCUAAAGGAAAGCUGUUUUAUGUACCACAGAGGCCGUAUAUGACUUUGGGGACUUUCAGGGAUCAGAUAAUAUACCCACAAACUCGGGACGAAAUGGUUCGUCGGGGUCGUACGGACGAAGAGUUGGAGCGAUACCUCGAUAUCGUACAGCUGUCGUAUCUCGCUACUAGGGACGGUGGCUGGGAUGCUGUGGAAGACUGGAUGGAUGUACUCUCCGGUGGAGAGAAACAGAGGAUUGCGAUGGCGCGUCUUUUCUACCACGCGCCACAAUUCGCGAUUCUGGACGAGUGUACGAGCGCAGUCUCGGUGGACGUUGAAGGGCACAUGUACCAAUACUGCAGAGAGAUGGGCAUUUCUCUAUUUACGGUAUCUCACCGAAAAUCAUUAUGGCAACACCACGAUCAUUAUUUGCAAAUGGACGGUCGAGGUGGUUACGUUUUUGGGGAGAUCGAUAACUCUACACAGGAAUUCGGAUCGUGAUUGUUCUACGGUGACAUGUAUAGAUUGUAUAUUGGACCAUAGACAAUGUAUUGACAAUUGACACAACCUCUUAAAGUAGUCGCUCUGUCAAAUUGUUUUACGCUACGGAGAAAAGAGACAGAUAGUAAAAAAUAAUAAUACAAAUUUAUUUAUAAAUAUGAUAAUCUACUAUAUUAUGUUUAAUAAAAUAAAUAAAGCAUUAUAAAUGUUAAAGUUGGUCUAUUAGACAAAAUUCUAAAUAUGGAAAAAAUUUGAUUGCCUAUGUGACUUUAUAUUAUAAUAUAAAUAUAUUUAAAUUAUGAAAAAGUUGCUACACGUCAUUUAUACACAAAUUAAUUAUGUUUCGUAUUAAAUAUCAAGAUAACUGUCAAACUAGAAUGACGUAACACUGUGGUUAAUAUAAAAAGCAAUAAAGAACUCCUAUGAUGGUUCUCUUUACCCACAGACUGGCCAUAAGCCUAACAGUCACAGUUUCGUUAACGGAUUGCAAAAGAAACACUCGGUCAUAUCCUUGUCUAUGACUGUCUAUAAUCUAUAUACGUUAAAGAUUAAUUUGGUCCAUAAUCUAUACACGUUAAUACUAAUAGAAUAAAUAUUUUUAAGUAGCCAAUCUACUUUUUGACUCUUUGUACUAAUUUAGAAUACGUAAUAUUCGAUUAUUGACGUUUUCAGUGAUUUCAUAUAUAAUGAACAAAUGUUUUUAUAAUUUAUUUUUUUAUAUUUGUAAUGGUGCUCGGAUAUUAAUUAGACCAUUGUUUAUUGUUUGAUCUAUUCCCAUAUAUGUAUUUAAAAAUAUACAAUUUAACAAUAGCAAUUAAAGUCUCAAGCUUUAUUAAACAUAUUAAAUAAUGCUCAGCACAUAUGAUUAUAUAAUUUCAAUAGUAACCCAUCUCCCACUAUUUUUGUAUAUAGGGCAACCAAUUUUCAUUGCUUUUUAAAUCAUAUGAAGAUAUGUACUUAACUUGAUAUCACUAUUAAAGAUGCCGUUAGUUUUUGAAACUGGAUUUUCUUUAGUAUUUAGUAUAAUAGUGGUGUUAUAAGUUUAAUUUUUUUAGUUUUUACAUCAAUUAACUAUUUAAAGCUAUAGUAGGUAUGUUAAUAAGGUAUUUAUCCAGUGCUAUUUUAUUGUAGUUUCAACUUAAAAUAUCACAAAAAGUACAAAAUUCACUAUCUGUGCUCUAUCUAUAGUUAAUAAUUUAUUAAUGUGUAAUUAAACUAUAAAAAAACUCUCAUCCAAUAUCACACGUUUCAUCAAGAUCGUAACUUGGUAACGAUCUUGGACGUAUAAAUUAACUUCCUUAUUCAUAAAAAUAAAUCAGUGUAAUGGGCUAUUUGGCAAGAUUUUUAAAACUAUAACAGAAUAUUAAUAAGUGACUAUAAAACCUACAUAUUUGUUAUUUCUAUUCUGUCAAGUUAAAGCUUUAAAAACUCACACAUUCAUUAUUUCAAGAUCCCGCCAAAACGCUUGUCUUGGCAAGAUGGCGUCGCGCGAGAAUCUAUGACGAACUAGGCCUGAAUACAUGUAAACAACGUUUGAGAUAUUUAAGCGUUAAUGAUUAGUCCUAAUAUAGAAAUAUACGCUGGUCACACUAGGACAUUCCUGUGUUGUGGGUGAUUAGACUCUUUCGAGACACAAGAAAAAAAAUAUUAUUGAUUUAAUUUUUAUGGAUAAGUAGGUAUAUAUACCCUAUAUUUAAUCAUAUUAUGUUGUGGCUUCAUCGUGGAAUUGCCUUGUAAUGUGGCAAACAUGAAAUCAAUUAUAAAUCAGCAUUUAACUUAUAUAUACAGGAUAAACGUAACAUUUAUAAGUAGUUGACCAGAACAGUGAAUUAACGAUCGGGCCACGACAUUAAGCACUUGUGAUAUAAUUUAAUCAAUGAUAUAAUUCCUAAUUAACUAAUUAUUGGCGUCCAUGUUCGAUGGUAUAAUAUGUAACUAUUCACUCUAUAAGAACAUAUUUUUAAUUUAGUUUUCGUCAGACUAAGAAAAUAUAAAAUUGUACAAUAGUAUUUAAAUUUAAGAUUAAUAUAUCUCAAAGGAGUAUAUUUUUAAAAUGGGGAAUAUGUUAACAUGCUAUGUACUUUAAGAUCUCCCGCGCACUGCAAUGCAAAAUGGCUGCCGACGCGUUAGGACUUCCAUUUCAAUAAUUUAAAAUGGUUACCUAUUUCUAUAUUUUAACAUAAUUUAUUUGUGUAUACAUGAUCAUAUUCGCUAUUCUGUAAAUCACGUUUCCCAAUUUUUUGUAAGAAAAGUAAAUGUCGCUGUGAUAGAUUAUGUUUGUUUGUUAUCGUUGUUAGGUGCUGGGUCAAUAAAGAAGGGUUAAGGAUAA